AUGAAUGCAUUUCGCCAAGCUUUGCUGGACUGCAAUCUUGCAGACCUAGGGGUGGCUAGCGGACCCUUCAGAUGGAGUGAUGCCCAUACAAAGGAGAGGUUAGAUCGGGUUGUUGGUUCCUCAGAGUGGCAAGGGGCUUUUGGCUUCUCAAGGGUAGUUAACCUACCCCCUAGCAUAUCUAACGAUGUUCCUAUGCUUCUGGAGGUCCGAACGGAACAGAUUGUGCAUCAUAGAGGCAGGAGGCAGUUUAGAUUUGAAGAAAUGUGGUGUUCCCAUGAAGCUUUUACCCAGGUUGUGGAGGAGGCCUGGACAGAACCCCAGAAUGGGAGUCCGAUAGUGCAAGUGUGUCGAAAGAUAAAGGAUACGGGAAAGGCGUUGUUGGAUUGGGACAUAACUACUUUCAAAAGUAGGAGGGAAGAGCUGGCUUCGAGUCAACGUUCACGUGCAAUUUGGCUUAAAGAUGGAGAUAGGAAUUUUAAAUUUUUCCACCAAAGAGCCUCGAAUCGUAAGCAGAAGAAUAAGAUUAAAGGUUUGUUUGAUGAUAAUGGGGUAUGGCAGACUUCCUCUAAUGGCAUUGAAGACGUGGUUAUGAAAUACUUCCAGCAGGUUUAUGCUAGUCAGGCACCAGAUGUUAGAGCUCAAGAAGUGGUGUUGCAGACAAUUGUUUCAAGAGUUACUAUUGAAAUGAACGAGUUGUUAUUGGCUCCUUAUAGUAUGGAGGAGGUUCGAAAUGCCCUUUUCCAAAUGCAUCCCUCCGAAGCACCUGGAUUAGAUGGCAUGUCUCCCUUCUUUUUCCAGAAGUACUGGGAUCUUGUGGGGUCAGAGUUGCGAAGAGGCCAGGAGGGAUUUUUGGCUCUCAAAUUGGAUAUUACUAAAGCCUACGACCGUUUGGAGUGGGAUUUCCUCAGGAAAAUAAUGCUCAAAAUGGGAUUUGCGUCUCAAUGGGUGGAUUUGAUCAUGUUCUGCCUUUCCACAGUCCAGUAUUCUUUCCUCAUUAAUGGGAUUCCAAGCGGAUUUGUUACUCCUCAUCGAAAAUUAAGGCAAGGUGACCCCAUCUCUCCUUAUUUAUUUCUAUUAUGUGCUGAAGGAUUGUCAACCCUUAUUUCUCACUUUGUGGCUAACGGUCAAUGGCAAGAGCUGCGGGUCUGUGAUGGGGCCCCUAUUAUUAGUCAUUUGCUUUUUGCAGAUGAUAGUAUGUUGUACUCUAACGCUUCUUCUCAGGAUUGCAUUUUGAUUCGGAAUAUAUUAAAUGUCUAUGAGAGAGCUUCGGGGCAAAAGAUUAACCUGCAAAAGAGUAGUGUAGUAUUUAGUAGGAGUGUGCCUUCCCUUAUACGGCAAUCAUUGGCUGACAAUCUUGACGUUCAGGUAGUGGACAAGCAUGAGAAGUAUCUUGGCAUUCCUACUCUGGGAGAUGAAACUAAGUUAGCUUCGGAAGUUGUGCCACUUACUCUAGGAUGGUGGGAGGAAUUUAAGGUUGCUCAUUCACCUUCUCGUCUUGCAUCUCCAAUACAGAAUGUUAGAUGGACGAAGCCUCCUAUAGGUAUGAUCAAACUAAACGUGGAUGUGGCUUUUAGCAAUGUGGAUGGGAGUGUAGGUGUUGGGGGUGUGUUUCGAGACUUUGAAGGCUCUUGUCUGGGAGGUUUUCGCCACACACUUCCUACAGCUUCUUCCGCUCAUCAUGCGAAACUGGUAGAGCUGCUGGUGGGCGUCUAG